UAAAGUUUAUUAACAUAUUCAAUUACAUGUGUGCAAUUUUAAUUUAAACCUUUUUAUAGGCUACAUAUGUGUACUGAAGUGUGUAUGAAAAUGCACGUUUUUUAAAUCUAGAAAAAAUUAUUCGUCAAUUGUCAAAAAAUAUAAUGAAAAAUUAUUUUGUACACAAUAUUGUGUGUUAAUUGGAACCACGACCCCCCCCUCCAAAAUAAAGUGGUGAUGCAUUUGCAUUUUUAUUUAGAUUAAAUACAAAUUGUUUACCAGUCUACAUUAAAGAGUUGGCCUUUUUAUAAAAUGUUUUACUGACAAAAAUAUGAAAACAUUUAGCCAUGUAUAAUUAAAAAAAAAAUUACCUUAAACAUUUAAUCUCGUAUAUUAAAAAAAAACUAUAAUUAUCUUAACGUAUAUUAUAUUUUUGUAUUAUUUUGUUGUCCAUAAUUUUGUGUAGUAAUUGAAAGCAUACACACUCCCACCCAAAAAUUAAAAAAAAAUAAAAUGGUUAUGCAUUUUAUCGCAAUAUAUUUAAAAAAGUUAUUUUCAACACUCUACAUUAAGGUUUGCAUUUUUAUAAAAUAUUUUUAUUGACAAAAAAAUGAAAAAACACUGUACUUUUUUGAGGUGAUUCUUUGGCAUGCCACUAAGGCUACGUUCACACUGCAAGGUCGGAUGUCCAAUUCAGAUUUUUUAGUCAGUUCCGAUCUUUUUAGUGGUGGUUCAAAUUGCAAAAAAAAAAAAAAAAAAAAAAGUGAUUUCUAAUGUGAAUGCAAUCUGACCCAUAAGCGGACAUGGCGUCAUGGUUUAUGGAAAUAAACACGGCUUCCACUUCAGUCCAUCUCAGUACUGGCACAUUUGUGGCAAUUUCAAAGAUUUUGUGCAAACAAAUGUAACAUGUUCUGAAGCAAAUUACUGAUUAAGAAAGAAGAGGACAAAUAUUUUAGUUCUGGCAUUUUUUUACGAGAUAUUUUGCUCCGAUGUCUGCUCGAAGACCGAGCAGUCGGAGACAAGAGUGGUGGAACUUUCACGUGAGUUCCUAAAACAUUAUUUCCACCCGUUUUCUACUUCGUUGUCAACUAUUUAUUUUGUAAAACAGUCAAUUUUGGCAACUAGUUAAAAUGCUUAUCACUUUUUGAUCACGUUUUGGUCAGAUGAAUUAGUUAAUUAAAAUACCACAACACUGGAUAUUGUUCAGAUAAGUUCCAUUUAAGAACUUGCACACAAAGCAACACUGGAGGUGACUAUGACGUGUGCAUUUUCCGCGCAUGCGUACUAGGUCACGUUGCGCCGGCGGACGGCAGGGUUCUUAAACAGUGGCAUUGUUGUGUGUGGACACGGAUAAGGUUAGGUGGGAUUUACCCUGGAUAACCUUAUACCCUAGUGCAGGGGUCGGCAACCCGCGGCUCUAGAGCCGCAUGCGGCUCUUUAGCGCCGCCCUAGUGGCUCUCUGGAGCUUUUUAAAAAAUGUAUGAAAAUUGGAAAAAGAUAAGGGGAAAAAUAUAUAUUUUUUGCUUUAAUAUGGUUUCUGUAGGAGGACAAACAUGACACAAACCUCCCUUAUUGUUAUAAAGCACACUGUUUAUAUUAAACGUGCUUCACUGAUUCGACUAUUUGGAGAGCACCGUUUUGUCCUACUAAUUUUGGCGGUCCUUGAACUCACCGUAGUUUGUUUACAUGUAUAACGUUCUCCGACUUUCUAGGACGUGUUUUAUGCCACUUCUUUUGUCCACCAAUUUUGUAAUGUGCGUGAAUGCACAAAGGACACUGCAGGCAAGGUGUUGGACCGCUGGACCAUCAUGUCCCGAGAAGAGGAGAUCAUCACCCUGCAGCAGUUUUUGCGCUUUGGCGAGACCAAAUCCAUCGUGGAGCUGAUGGCCAUUCAGGAGAAGGAAGGGCAGGCAGUUACCGUUCCGUCCUCCAAAACCGACUCCGGGAUUAGGACGUUCAUUGAGAGCAACAACAGGACACGCAGCCCGGGACUGCUUACACAUUUAGAAAAUAGCAGCCCAUCUAGUAUUCAUCACUUUGAGAAUAUCCCCAACAGCUUAGCAUUCCUUUUACCGUUCCAGUACAUCAACCCGGUGUCUGCCCCCAUGCUCGGUUUACCCCCCAACGGACUACCAAUGGAACAGUCAGCUCUCCGGCUACGGGAGCCCAGCUUGCCCAACCAAGUUGAACAAGUGGAAACUAGCGAGUCAGACGUGUCCAUGUCGCCUUUCCGUACGAGCCAAAGUCCGAGCCGUGGAACCUUGGGCGGCAUGAACAACACUGAACCCAAAACGGAGCCCAGCAAUCGGGCAUCCCCCGUCUCGCCAUCUCCGUCCCUCCAGCAGGCUCAACAGCAGCAGUCACAGCAACAGCAGCAGCAGCAGGGGCAACAGCAGUCCCAAAGCCAGUCUCAGCAAUCCAACACCAUGAGUGACCACCAGAUUCACCUUCACUUUGUCAAAGAGGAGCAGUCAAAAUCCAUCACCCAUGCUUCAUUUUCCUCCAAAAUGCACCGCAUGAGGCGCAUGGGCUCCACCUCCCGCAAAGGCCGCGUGUGCUGCAAUUCUUGCGGCAAGACCUUUUACGACAAAGGCACGCUCAAGAUACACUACAACGCGGUACACUUAAAGAUUAAACACCGCUGCACCAUCGAGGGCUGCAACAUGGUCUUUAGUUCCCUGCGCAGUCGCAACCGUCACAGCGCCAACCCAAACCCACGUCUGCACAUGCCUAUGUUGCGCAAUAACCGCGACAAAGACCUAAUUCGUGCCAACUCCAACUCUGGUACGCCUGUCAUCUCAAGCACCAAAAAUGGUGGAUUCACACUUACAAGUCCUGGCCGGCCACCUCUGGGCUUCACCACUCCACCAAUAGACCCGAUGCUUCAAUCCCCCCUGCAGAGCACACUGGUGUUCCCCUCUCUAAAGUCAGUGCAACCAGUCCAACCUGUGCCCCCAUUCUACCGUACACUACUGUCCCCUGCAGACCUUGUUAGUCCACCCGUCUCGCUGCCUAUAAGCCCCAUUCUGCCCACCACAACCAACAGCACCACCUUAAUGGACCAGCAACAGCAGAUCCUGGCGGCUGUGGCUUCACACAACAAUGUCCACAUGUCCGAGAUGGGAGCCAUGUCGCAUAGCUUAAACACAAUCGGUGGCCAUCAUGAGCCAGGCACCGGCGGCGGGGUAGACCCCACGCCCAAAAAGAAGCCUCGUAAGUCCAGCAUGCCCGUGAAGAUCGAGAAGGAAGUGAUUGACGUGGCGGAUGAAUACGACGACAAAGACGAGGACGACGACGAUCACAUCAACCACAAUCAUCACCAAUAUCACCACUCGUCGCUCCUUCACAACAGCAUCAAGAUGAACGGAAACUACAACAGCAACAACAAUAGUGGGAGUGGCACAGGGAACCACAGCGGUGGAAGCGGGCAGCAAUCCCCUUCCCCGGAUGAGAUGAGUCCCGGUAUGACUCUGAGAGGCAUGAUGAGGCAAAGUGAGGAUGAAUGCCGAGAGGGGGCUGGUAGUGACGGUAGGGGCGAGCUUCGAGGUUCUAGUGACCUACGCUGUAUGGACAGCUACACUUCUGAGGACCAAGACCACGAAAGAGACUUUGAGAACGAGUCUGAAACCUCGGACUCCAAGAUGUACUACCGGGAUGAGAUGAUGGACGUGGAGGAACAUCACAAGCACCCAAAAGGUGGAAAGGACCAGCGUGACAACAGCAUCGAGGAAGGACAUUUGAGAAAAGACAUAGAAGGCAAAGGUCAGCUAUCACCAUCCCCUCACCAGGCGUCCACCAAAAUCAAGGAGGAACUUAACGACCCGACUUACGACAUGUUCUGUAUGAGCCAGUACGGCCUUUAUAACGGAGGCAUGGCCGCCGCGGCCGCCGCCAGCAUGGCCGCUCUGCACGAGAGCUUCAUUUCGUCGAUGGGCUACGGCGCCAGCCCGCCCAAAUUCCCCACGUCUCAAUCGCCGGACGGGGACCCGUGCUCCAGCCCGGACCCCAAGAUCUGCUACGUGUGCAAGAAGACCUUCAAGAGCUCGUACAGCAUGAAACUGCACUACAAGAACGUGCACCUCAAGGAGAUGCACGUGUGUACGGUCGCCGGCUGCAACGCCGCUUUCCCCUCACGGCGCAGUCGAGACAGGCACAGCUCCAACAUUAACCUGCACCGCAAACUGCUGACCAAAGAGCUGGACGACAUCGUCCUGGACCCCCAACUCACGCCACUGCCCAAGGACUUCCGGGCCGAGUUACUGGCCAAGAUCUACGCCGGGCACCACCACAUGGCUUUGGACCCGACGGGCGGGAUGGCGUUCAGAGGCCUCGGCCCCGCCGCCUUGAUCCACGGCGCGCAUUCCCCCAUGGGCAACAUCGACUUCUCCCAGCGCCUUCUCCACCCGCACCUGAAGAACCACCACGCCAACGGCUUCUCCCGUCGCCAGCCGGACGACUACGUGGUGCUGGACCUGAGCACCACGUCCAGCGGCAGCGUCCACUCCUCACACGAGUCGGACGAGGGCAGCGACGAAGGCGUCCUAUUGGACGACCUGGAGGAGGAGGAGGAGGAGGAGGAGGAGGGACUGGAGGAGGAGGAAGGCAACAGCGAGGGGGAGGAACGGGGGCGAGAGACUGUUGAAACGACCAGCGAGUGCUUGGCAUCGCCGUUCCGCCUCUCGUCCACCGGAGGGAGCAACAACGACGGCGGCGGCGUCCUGUGCAGCAUCUGCCACAAAAUAUACAGCAACAAGGGGACUCUGCGCGUGCACUACAAGACUGUGCACCUGCGCGAAAUGCACAAGUGCAAAAUCCCCGGCUGCAACAUGGCGUUCAGCUCCCUGCGCAGCCGCAACAGACACUCGCAGAACCCCAACCUCCACAAAAACGCGCCCUUCUCCGCGCUGACUCCUCAAACCCCGCCCCUCUUUCCUCCUCUAGCCCCUCCCCCCGUUUGUACUCUGCCCUGCCCGUGAAAGAUCCUUUCCGUACACUCCACUUUGCCCCUGACGCCGCUGGUUUUCAUACACCUCCUCCUCUCCAAAGAACUUCUUAUUUGUGACUUUUUGCCUGCGGACAAGAUCGUACUGAGACUUUGAGGAAAAAAAAAACAAGAAAAAAAAACAUGUAUCUUGUUGUAUUUGUGUAAUGAUAGCUUUGAAAUGAACCCCCUUAACGGAGGGGGGUAAAAAGCAUGCCAGCUUCAUUUGUAAAUAAUGUCCCGAGAGUGUAGAAGACUCGUGUUGAUGGUCCGUUUGCUUAUUUUUUUUUUUGUUGCUUUUUAUGUUACAGUCCAGUACAAUACUUCAAGCUAUAGGCAAGAAAGAGGUAGCAUCUUACUAGCUUGAGUCAUUUUAUCACAUCUUAAAAAAAGACAAAAAAAAAAAAACCUACAUAAGAGUAUCACGUGAAUUGCUUUGUUGGAUAUUCAGAGGUUGCCGGCAUGCUCUUCUUAGGCUCCCACGCGGAUAUCUGUGUCUUAUUGAUUUUGCGUUGAUGUUUAUGCGAUUCCGUUUUUUUUUGCACUUUGCAUCUAUACAAGGGGAUGUGUAAUAUUAGUGAGGACGUUUGCAAUGGUGAGUUAAGGUGCAUCGUUUGAUCGUGGAACUUCAACCUGCCGGCGCCGGUUUUUCGUUUGCUUUGUUUUUGCGUGUGCCCUUAAAUGUAAACAACAACAACAACAACAAAAAAGAUACGACAAUACCCAACAAAACGUCACAUGAAUGGAUUUUGGUUGUCCAGU